CAUAUUAGAUUUACCAAUGACAAUUACCCAGUGGUUUCCUAUUAUUUGAUAUGCCAGGGAACACCUGUCAGUGAGGUGAGAAAUGGGAAACAACAGCGUGGAUGUGAGGAUGUGUCCUCUGAGUGGCUGAACCCUCCGAGGUGUCAGUACGAUGCCGUUAUCAGCCCUUCAUUAGCUCACUCAUCAGUGUCAUCCGCCAUUUUGCUACUGUCGUUACCAAAGGCUGACGAGUCAGCUGAGGUGAUGGUGGAGUGUGAGAGAGCUCCAAGGCGGAGGUGACGAGGCACACGUUGGCUAACAAAGCCCUGCGAGCCCAGCUGCUGGAGAGAGAGGAGAAGCUUAGAGAACUGCAGGAGAAGGUGAUCCACACAGAGAGAGACGUGCACAUGAAGAGGCAGCUGGUGGAGGACGUGAAGACCAGGAUGAAGUUCUUCCUGGAGACUGAGAGGACACACAGAGGACUGGUGGAGGAGCUGGAGAAGAAAGUGAAGACCUUGACAGAGGAGGCCACUAACAGGAAGGCCUUUACAGACUCUCUGAAGAGGAGGCUGAGCGUAGCCACUAAAGAGAAGAGUCAGUAUGAGACGACCUGUCAGGAUCUCAAGGAGGGCCUGGACAAGAAGGAGCAGUGUGUGGAGGCCCUGCAGGCCCGUGUGAGGGCCAGUGAGCGGGCCCAGGCUGAGCUGGAGCAGACAGCCUCCCGUCAGAUGGAGGGUCUGGCCCAGCAGAGCACCGUGGCCCUGGAGGCCCUGCACAGACGACUGGGCCUGGCCCACACACAGCUGGAGCAGCUACAAGCCUUCACUAAGGCUCUGGCAAGCGAAACUCUCCACGAGGUGCAGAACGCCAAAUCGCAGCUGAGGAAGAACAGGAAGAGGGCAGAGAAGAAGAAGGCAGUAGGGGCCGGAGGGCUGUCCAAGCAGUCCAUGGUCAAGGCCCAGUCCAUUGCUGCAUCCAUCCUCAACAUGACCGAGAUGGACCUGGCUGAAAUGCUGGACACCGAUGAGGAGGAGGAUGAUGUGGCAGCAGACAGCAGAAGAGACCAGGAGUGGCUGGACCAGGUCCUGAAGAUCCUCCAACAAGAGAUCCCCUCUGCUGCUCUCCUAAUGGAGGUGCUGUGUGUGAAGAUGAAGGAGAGGAAAGUGCUGACAGAAGCGCUGGCCGCGCUCACACCAGUCAGCGAAAUCGCCUGACUCCCACUCCGGGGCUGAGGGCUGCGGCUGGGAAAAACUGUCAUCCUCUCACUCUCCUCCUCUUCUCUCUCCAUCUCUCCUUCGUGCCCAGGCCUUUCUUUCUCAGCGGGGGCUGAGUUGGCCAAGUCGACCUGAAGUUGCUCUCUCUCUCUCUCUGUGUGUGUGUGUGUGUGUGUGUGUGUGUGUGUGUGUGUGUGUGUGUGUGUGUGUGUGUGUGUGUGUGUGUGUGUGUGUGUGUGUGUGUGUGUGUGUGUGUGUGUGUGUGUGUGAGCGCGCACGUGUAUGAAGUUGCCUCCACGCAGCGCUUCCAGAACCAAUAUUUACGAGAAAAGCGCUGUCGACUCACUCCGAGCCACUCGCUCACGCAGCGGUCUAGUGCCGUGCCGGGGCCCAGCCUUUGUAAAUGAGCCCCCAACAUCUGCGUUAGUGGUUAGCGCGCUCCAUCUGCGAGACAAGGCCCUUUAGCGUCAGGCUAAUUUACAGUACAGAGACAAACGCUCUCUCUCUUUCUCUCCCUACUCCAAACGCCAUCCUGAGGUGAUGAUAACAUUAUGCUUACGUUUUUACUUCAAGUUAGACAUGAUUUUUUUAUUUUUUUUAUUUUGAUAUUUUCAGUAAUUUAUUGUGGAUCUCAAGGACCCCAGGGUGCUCGGAGUGGGACCUGACCCAACAGUGCAGACUCAACGAAAGAAAAAGUACACUCUUAAAGUAAGAAGCAGACAUACUCUCUCUCCUCUUAGGAUAUACUGGACUCAGAGCAAACCCGCCACAUGCAUUCCAUGUCCCAUUUAGACCGAUUGGAUUCCAUUGUUCCAUUCACGUUUCAGUGACCAAAUGCUCUUAACGUGAAUGAUGUCAUAAAAUAUAAAUGUUGUGUGUUUUGUUUGUUAUGUCUAGGUAUAUUCUGAAAUGUAUUUUAUUUCAGAAUACUACUAGACAUUUGUGUGUUCACUUCAUACUGUAUUUUGAAACUGAAUUUAAAUAAAAGUGUGUUGCCAAUUGUUU